AUGCAAUGUUGGACGAGACGGCCACCUCUUGUGCAUUGGAAGAGACGCGCCUUUUCCGAUUCUGGCAGAAGGUAUCGAAACGGACAAACCCAUGUAGCCCCUUCAAAAGCUCUGUGCAGUGUUAGAUACAUUGCACACUCUUCCAGGCACGGGAGCUUCCAGACGGUCCCUACUUUAGCCAGCUGGGAUCGUGAUACCUUUCAGCAGCGAGCUUUCAACCCCAAGCUCCCUGCUCUGCUUCCUCAGGAUGAGUCAAAGCAACCUCCCGCCUCCCAGUCCUGGUUAGAAACAGACCAUAAACGACCAUCCCUACGUACUCUCAACUUUGACUACCUCACAAAAUACGGCGACACGAGUGUACCCCUGGAGCUCACGCAAACCGAAUCCUCAGGCAGACAGACAUUCGAGCGCUUCCACGCUCCACUGAAGCUGUUCCUGGAAUGGAUGCAGCAAAAUCAAGCAACAACCACGGCUAACCCCUCUACCCCAUCUCCAUCACCUCGUCUCUACCUCGCCCAAUGUCAGAUCUCUGACCUACCUCAACCUCUCCAAGCUGAUCUCCCAACCCCCGAAGUCGUGCUCAAAGCAGGAAAAGGCGAUAUCUACGACGCCAACAUCUGGAUCGGCUUACCACCCACCGACACGCCACUCCAUCGUGACCCGAACCCCAAUUUCUUCCUCCAGCUCGCCGGCACCAAGACCGUGCGGCUCUUCCCGCCCGAAGUUGGGAGUGAGAUCUUUGGGUCGGUCCAAGCAAAGCUAGGAAGGAAUAGAAGUGCCGUAUUCCGAAGCGAGGAAAUGAUGCAAGGCGAGGAGAGGGAGAUGCUCGCAAACCAAGUAUGGGGAGAUGGCGAUUCAUCGCAGCUUGCCCCGGGUCUUCAAGUUGGUGGCUACGAAGCUACCGUAGAGCAAGGAAAAGCUCUCUUCAUCCCACUCGGAUGGUGGCAUAGUAUCAGGAGUGCUGGGACAGGAACGACCGCAUCAGUCAAUUGGUGGUUUCGCUGA